CAUUGUAUGGUCAAAAUAUGGUCCACUUACUUCUAACUCUCAGAAACGCCGCACACAUCAAAUCCUUAAAAGUACAACUUUGUUGGCAAAACAUCCACAUAAUAAUACAUAAAAAGGAGCUUUAAGAAUAGCUGAAAACAUUCUAAUAAAACCAUUUGUACGUAAUAGGCGUUUGAAGCCCUUUUAAUCUUUGAUUUUAAACCCUUAUCGGGAGGUAAGCAUGCUAAAAUUAAACAUACGAAAGAAGAGUCACAAUGAACCUUAUCAAGUUCAAGAUAUAUACUAUACACAAAUAUAUGGACUGGAAGAGGAUUGUCGUUCCUGUGUUAUUUGUUGCAUCAAUAUUCCUCAUUAUUUACUAUCAGAGUACCAUUCUAACUAUUGGACAGUUUUUUGCUGACGAAGGAAACUCUACAAAUUAUUCAUUUCAGAAGAAAAUUAUUGAACCGCCAAUCAAAAGCGCAUGGCAUAAACCAAUCUCAAUCGCAUGGCAUGGGCGGCCAAGAUGGCUGCCACCUACUUUCAAUUUCAGUGGGUGCGGAUUUUCAAACUGUAUUUUAUCAGAUAGUAAAACAAAACCUUUGGAUAAUUAUAAAGCAGUAUUCUUUCAUAAUCGCUAUUUAAGUAAACAUGUUCCAGAAAAAUCGAAAAAUCAAAUAUGGAUAAUCUGGACAAAUGAAAGUCCUGCGAAUGACGGAUCUUUACCAAAACAAUGGCACAAUAAGUUCGAUUGGAGUGCUACUUACAGAGAAGAAAGCGAGUUUUCACUUCGCUGGGCAAUAAAAUUGAGAGAAAACUCUAAUAAGAUGCAAAGAAAUUAUACCGAGAUAUUCCAAAGAAAAACAAAACAAGUCUCUUGGGUUGUUAGCAACUGUAAUACUCAAUCUCAGCGUCGAACAUAUGUGGAAGAAUUAAAGAAAUACAUUCCCGUUGAUAUUUAUGGAAAUUGUGGAAAAAACAAGACAUUUUGCAAAAGGAAAAGUUCAAUCGAAUGUCAUUCGAGUUUGUCAAAUGAUUAUAAAUUUUAUCUUGGUUUUGAGAACAGUAUAUGCAAAGAUUAUAUUACAGAAAAAGUUUUUAAUAAUUUUCAAGACCACAAUAAAAUGGUAUAUGUCGCCAGAUCAGCUCCAAAUUUAAAAAGUGUAAUUCCUGCAAAAACGAUAGUCAACACAGAUGAUUUUGAGUCUCCGAAGGCUCUGGCACAGUAUCUGUUGAAACUAAGCUCAAAUGAGAAAGAAUACAUUUCUUAUCUAAAAGAAAAGGACAAAUAUUAUUUUCCAGAUGAACGAUUACCGCGAACAUUCUGUUCUAUGUGUGAGCUACUGCAUACGUACAAGAAUAGAAAAUUAAAGUGGUCGGGGCGAAAUUUUAAUAAUUGGUUCAGAAACGGAGCCUGUAUUAAGCCAAAGAAUUGGAAAUGAUCGAUUGGUCAUAGUAGACAAUUAUUGCGUAGUACGUCAUAGAAAUUUUAAGUGACUAUAGAUCACUAUAAGAAAGACAGGAAGGAACAAUAGUUGUUCUCUCUGAAACGUCAUUUGUUUCAAUAUCAAUUUUCAUCGACGAGUAGAAAGAAAAGGAACAGGAGACGUUUUUCUUCAUGUAUUUUAGAAUUCGUCAUGGUAGAAAAUCUCAAAGAAAAACCAAAUUAACCAGUAGAGAUCAAACAGAUCGAUAAACAAACAAUUUGGCUUGAAGAUCAGCGAACAUGCUUAUGUGGGUCAUUAAAUAAAGAUAGACUUUAAAUUAUUUGAUAUCAGUCAAAAAUAAAAGACUUGUAUCAUCA